ACAAUGCUUUGUCGAAUAGAAUACCAGUACUAUACAGCGAACAUUACGCGAUUGCUUUUAAAAGUGUCGAGUAUUCCAACAAUGUCCAUCAUUUACAGAAAUAUGUCAUUACGUCUACAUCAAUUAACUGUACUAGCAAGAAGUUCAUUGCUUCAUAAAGAUUCGAUUAGAAGAAUGACUGUGGAGAUCGACAAGGAAGAAUUAAAAAAACGUUUGACACCGAUACAGUGGCACGUGACGCAAGAAAAAGGCACGGAAAGACCAUUUAGUGGUUGCUACAACAAAUUCUAUGACAAAGGCACAUAUACAUGCAUAAUCUGUGAUCAAGAAUUAUUCUCUUCUGACACAAAAUAUGACAGUGGCUGUGGUUGGCCUGCAUUCAACGAAGUAUUGGAACAGGGACGAGUCAAGUUAACCAAAGAUACCUCACAUGUUGGUGGAAAUCUACUACUGCUGAUCGCAAACCCAGAUAUGGUGCGGACUGAAGUGACCUGUUCGAAGUGCGGUUCACAUUUGGGACACGUAUUUAACGAUGGACCGAAGCCCACAAGGAAGCGUUUUUGUAUCAACUCUGCAUCCAUAAACUUUCAUGCAGCAGGAGAAGAAAAGAAGUCAACAUCAUAAAACUAGCAGAAAAAAGAUUUAAAUAAGAACUUUGAAAAGUCCAAUUUAAUAUAUAUUAAAAGAAGUUUAUAUUUCUUAACAAAUACUGUCUCCAUAUGAUAUUUUGAAUUACACUUUGCUACUAUUAUAGAAACAUUUUGUUAUUCUUUAACAAAAUAUAUGCAAUCUUGAGUAAUAAGAGAUACAUUUAUGAUAAAUAUUACUACUAAUAUUGUAAAAUGUACUCUAUAUUUAUUAUAAAUAACUCCUAUUUGGCUCCAUGAAUGUUAGAGUUAUUUCCAUUUGUUAGAGGUCAAGAUUAGCUCUAUAAAAAACAAAUAUCUGUAUUUAUACAUACUACAGUGAUAAAUCAUAUAUUAAUUUUUGCAACAUUGUCAUUUUAGGGUAGAUCCAAUUCUGUAAAUACACCCUAAAUGAAUAGAAAAACUAUGCAAUUAAUGUAAUAAUUACACAAAAUAAUUUAUAAAAGCAUUCAGUUAGUUUUGCAUAUUACAUACAAUGGGCAUAUUAUGUAAAUAAUGAUUAAUAUUUAUUUGUUUCAAUAUAUGGAGUAAUGUAAGAAAUUUGUUAUUUGCGUAUAACAGUUAAUUACUUAAAACGAAGAUGCAAAUACUAUAUCAAAUUUACGUAAACUUCUCAUUACCUAUAAAAUAGUAUUUUGCUACUUAAUGCUAAAGAUAAGGAGGGAGAAUCGCGUUAGAACAACUUUUUGUUAUAAAAUGUUUCCUUAUAUUGUAACGUUUCAAAACAAACUAAAAGGUGUUACAGUACAAUAUAUAUGCAAAUUCUAGGCAUUA